ACACAAUUUGCUACAACUUCACGCCCACUAGACACCAAACUAUCAACCAGAAUUUACUUUCAUAAAUCAAUCGCAAUGUCUUCCUCUAACGUUGAGAUCAACCCCUUCACCACCAAGGCCUACAGUGCCAACUACUUCGUCCUGCGCAAGACGGCGCAAAAUCUUCCUGUCUCGAAGCAAAUUCCUCAGCUGCUUUCAAUCAUAAAGCAACACCAUAUUGUAGUAGUUGUUGGUGAGACGGGCUCGGGCAAGACAACACAGCUGUCCAAGGCGAUAUUGCUCGAUGAUGAGUUUAGAAAGAGCGGCAAGAAAAUUGCCCUCACUCAGAACCGCCGCCUAGCGGCGCAGUUGGUCGCCGACCGAAUCGCAGAGGAGAUGGAUGUGCAAGUUGGUAACGUUGUCGGUCUGAAACAUAGAGGCCGUGACCUCACCAACCGCACAACCCGCCUCGAUGUCGUCACAGAUGGCUCGCUUGUUGCGGCUGCAAAAUCUGAUGUCGACUUGCAAAAUUACGGCGCGAUCGUCAUCGAUGAAGCGCACCAGCAUACUGUCCCGACCGAUCUACUACUCGGUCUUUUAAAAGAGCUUGCGGCGAGAAGGAAAGAUGAUUUGAAAAUCAUCAUUAUGUCUGCUACCAUAGAUGCAGACCUUUUUUUGAAAUUUCUACCUGGCUCCGUGCUUAAAACAGUCGGCGGUAGAACACACCAGGUGUCCGUGUCGUACCUAGCGGAGCCGCCCACGGAUGACACCAUCGUGGAGACCAUCUUGCAGGUGCAUUUGAAUGGCCGAAAUGGCAACAUUCUGGUGUUCGUAUCUGGCGUACGCGAAAUUCACCAGAUCAUCGUGAAGAUCCAGAAAGCACUCAAUGGACCCACAGCCCGAUUUGGUCCUCUGGAAAUUGGACCGCUUGAAUGCUGGCCGCUGCACGCCACACUCUCCCCGGAGGCACAGGAUGAUGCUGUGGAGACCAUUUCGCCCGUGCCGCAAAAUGGCCAGCUUGGCCGAAAACUUCUGAUUGCAACGAACAUUGCAGAAACGUCCGUGACUCUUACGGGGGUCACUCAUGUCAUCGACUCCUGCAAAGUCAAAGGCAAAAUCUGGAAUCCGCGCAAUGAGUCAUGGUGUCUCCGUGAGCAGUGGAUCAGCAAAGCUGUAGCUCGGCAGCGCGCUGGCAGGGCAGGUCGAACGAGAGAUGGCAUGGCAUAUCGCAUGUGCACGGAAGGUGGGUUCCAAGAGCAAAUGUUGGAGCAUUCUGUGCCUGCUAUCAUGGAGGGUGAUAUGCUCAAUGAAUGUCUGAGCAUCUUGAAAAUGGGUCGAAGCCCGCUCACAUUCUCCUACAUUGUGGCACCAGCGACCGAAACGAUAGUGAAAGCGCUGGGGAUUCUGUAUCUUCUCGGAGCCGUGGACGCAAGGGGCGAAAGCCUCACUCCUCUUGGAAAGGAUAUCACGAGCCUUCCCGUCGAUGUCUACUCGGCGGUCGUGUUGCUGGAAAGCCCGCGAUUUGGUUGCUCGGAUGAGGUGAUCUCCUUGGUCUCGAUGAUUGAAGCCACCAAUGGAGGCAGUGAUUUGUUCAGCAAUCCCUCCGAUGCCGAAGAGAAAGCGGCGAUCCAGGCUAUCCGAGAACAGUUCCGUCAUGGUAGCGGCGAUCAUAUCACUCUCUUCAAUAUCUAUAUGGCUUGGACAGCAGCCCGCACGACCAACAAAGCUGACGAAUUCCUGUCGAAGAACAAGCUUAAAGGGAGUGUCUUGCGAUAUGCUGAUCAGAUCCGCUUGCACUUGUUCCGCACGCUGUUGAAGGUCAAGAACUGGCAACUCAACUAUUUAGAUGCGACUAAACCAGGCUACCAUGUCCAAAUGUUGAAGGCUCUUGCGGCAGGCAAUCAUCUACGAAUUGCCAAGCGCAAAUCCUCGAACGAGCCGAGAUGGUAUGUGACCAGCCGACACGGUGCUCCAGCGAAAUUGACAGCCGACACAAAUCUUGGUGCUGUAUCUCGUGGCAAUGAGUGGGUUAUCUACAACGAGUUUCACAGUGACGGCAUCUCUAAACACACUAUACGUCUCGUGUCAGCAAUCGUACCCGAACUCUUCAUUUCUGUACGACCCGAAUAUUGGUACGACACAGAGUUCCUGCCAAAGGGUCAAAUUCGAGACCAACUGGUUAACAUCAUCGCUGGCAUGACUGGUAACACUGAGAACUUCAUUCGUGGAGGCAUGCCAAAGAACCCUGCAGGCGGACAAUCCUAGGACCAAAUAACUACGCCUACUAUUGAUUCAGUUCUCUAGCUCCUCUCAACUACAUGCUAUUGAUUAAUUUCUCUAGCUCCUCUCAACUACAUGCUAUUGAUUUAGUUCUCUAGCUUUCUUUUUACAUGCUAUUGAUUCAGUUCUCUAGCUUCUCUUAGAUAACUACUCUUAAUUGAAUUCAAUUCUCUAUAUUCUCUCUUCUACCUUGGUAGCUUAGUCCUGAUCUUAGUUUGGGUGUAUGACUAGGAAUCUUUAAGUCCGCACGAUGUUUCUUUCUGCUUAGGAACUAAAGAAAUAUUGAAAAUAUAGAAACGAACGAUAAACGGCACUAUCUGUACACGAAACAUUUUUACGCUUUGAAUGCAAUCGUAGGACAUAUGUGUGAUAAUCUAAUUUUAUAAAGUUUGC